AACAACAACAACAACAACAUCUUCUAAAUUCCAAGCCAUAGCAUCUUAAGACCAUUACCAUGGCAACCUUGCUUCAUACUCUGAAGUCCCACAGCUCUGACGUUAACUGCUGCUCAUUCUCAGCAACCACCUUAGCCUCCUGUUCUGGUGACAAGUCAAUCCGACUCUGGAGUCUCGAUACGUUUCAAGAGCUUUCUAUCUCCCCUCUACUUGGCCACGCCUACUAUGUCCAUUGGGUUAGGUUUAGUCCCUUUGGUACAAUUCUAGCGUCAUGCUCGACAGACGGCAAGGUGAUAUUAUGGGAUGCAAGGACGGGGGAGACACUGGCAGUCCUCCAGCAUCCCAGCAGAGGAAUCAUUAGAGUUUGUGAGUUCUCACCAAACUCUGAGAUGUUACUGACGGGAGGAGCGGAUAGUGUCGUCUGUUUGUGGAACGUUCAGACUAAGAAGAUGAUGAGAACCUUUGAAGGCCAUGAUAAUGUCAUCACAGCCUGUGUUUUUACUCCCGAGAGCUCUUUUGUUGUAUCAGCGUGUGCCUCCGGUGAUCUUCGCAUAUGGGACGCCCUCUAUGGGCAGGUUAAGCCGCUUUACUUUGACCCAGAAUGCCACGACCUUGGUGUUUCUGGUUUGGCCAUCUCACCAACGUUUGGCUCAGCAGAUCCUAAUGCUGAGAUUAACAAUGAUCGAAGAGCCUAUCUUCUAGCUUCUUGUGGAGGAGACAAUCUCGUUAAACUCUGGGACCUCAUUGUUUUCCCAGCUUGUAAGACCAAAGUGCGAUGCAGUCUUCCAGGUCAUACCGCCAAGGUCAUGUCGGUGUCCUUUUCAUCUGAUGGUAGCGUUUUGGCUUCAGGAGCUGUAGAUAAAAUUGUCAUCGUAUGGGAUCCGCUUGAAGGAAAGAUGCUGUACACUCUUGAGGAUCAUUCUCGUUAUGUGACAACAGUUACUUUCUCCCCUGAUGGACGAUAUCUGGCUAGCGGCUCUAAUGACAGAACAGUCAAAGUGUGGAGACUACACACUGCUGGAGAGUUUGCAACGGCACCCCUCUUAACUGAAACUGGGACGGCCAGCACUUCCCUAGAGGCUACAGCUCCUCAACUUCAGAACCUACUCCUGGAGUGGUCCGUCAACGAUGUCUGUGAUUGGCUAAAAGCACUGGGCUUGGAGGACUACCAAAGCAGUUUCCGUGACAACCAAAUUGAUGGGCAGGAGUUACAGGCCCUGAACACGGACACGCUAGUCAAUGAUCUUGGAGUCAAGGCUCUUGGGCACCGGCAGAAAAUUCUACGGGGAAUUCAAACGAUUCGAGAAAAAGGAAAUGGUGCUAUCCCCACAGAUGAUGGCAUUCCUGAUGAAUAUCUCUGUCCAAUCACAAGAGAGCUCAUGAAAGAUCCAGUUAUUGCUGCUGAUGGUUAUUCUUAUGAGAGGUCAUCUAUUGAGGCAUGGGUCCGAGGCAACAAAUCCAGCCCCAUGACCAACUCACCUCUUGUACAUGCCAACCUCACUCCCAACCGAAGCCUUAAAAUGAUCAUUCAAAGAUUAUAUAAUCUGUAACCAAAUACGGAUGAAUAAUGAUGAGUAGCAGCUGAAAUAACUCAAACUCACUUCGACCCAAGUUACUUGAGACGAGCGAGAUGAUACACACGCCACACAUCACGAUUGCUCAUGCAGCCAGCUAGUUCAUCCGUAGUCUCCAUCCUUGUAUCUUCUUUCAUCGUCUCCACCAUGUUCUUGAUUGGCCUCUGCAGCCAGCUAGUUCAUCCGUAGUCUCCAACCCUGUAUCUUCUUUCAUCAUCUUCACCAUGUUCUUGAUUGGCCUCUGCAGCCAGCUAGUUCAUCCGUAGUCUCCAACCCUGUAUCUUCUUUCAUCGUCUCCACCAUGUUCUUGAUUGGUCUCCCGCUGCUUGGCUGUCCAUGAUUUGGCUCCCACAGGAUCACCCUACAAGAGUGUCAUGAUACACACACCACACAUCACGAUCCCUCAUGCAGCCAGCUAGUUCAUCCGUAGUCUCCAUCCUUGUAUCUUCUUUCAUCGUCUCCACCAUGUUCUUGAUUGGCCUCCCUCUGCUUGGCUGUCCAUGAUUUGGCUCCCACAGGAUCACCCUACAAGAGUGUCAUGAUACACACACCACACAUCACGAUCCCUCAUGCAGCCAGCUAGUUCAUCCGUAGUCUUCAUCCUUGUAUCUUCUUUCAUCGUCUCCACCAUGUUCUUGAUUGGCCUCUGCAGCCAGCUAGUUCAUCCGUAGUCUCCAACCCUGUAUCUUCUUUCAUCAUCUUCACCAUGUUCUUGAUUGGCCUCCCUCUGUUUGGUUGUCCACGUUUUGGGUGCACAGUAGUUAACAUCAUCUGUAUACUAAGAUUCCAAGAUGAUUAUCCAAAGACUCUACAAUCUGUAGGAACGCUGAGCUUCAAUUGCGGCAGCCCCCUGCUCCUAACAAGAUGGUCAUCCAAACACUUCAACUUUUAAUAAAGUAAACUGUGAGUCUUUCAAUUAAAGCAACAAAUCAAUAUUGCAUUGUAUGAAACAUAAAACAAAAAGCCCUUCACCUGACCAAAAGGCAGUGAAUAAAGAGGAGCAGCAGUGCAGGGCCCAAUUUCAUAGAGCCGCUAAGCACAAACAUUUGCUUAGCAUGAAAUGUUUGCUUAGAUAAAAA